GGAUUGAUUUGUGGGCCGUCCGCAGUGACAGCGGCACCACCUGACCACCGGUUGCCACGACGACUCUACACAACUCUACCGCAGUAGUUAGCGUUAGCAUGCUACUAACAGCCCGUAGCUCCAGCAUCGUGACAGAAAGCCAUGCACUUCAUCCCGGACUGUCCAGAUGGAGAACUACCUGACCGUCUGUCGUCUCAAUCCUCUUCCGGCACACGACGAGCGUUAGGACGGUUGGGCUUCAGACACCGAGGCUUCAAACGAACCAGGAAACUUGCCUUAAAGCUUUGGGUUUCGCCGUAGUGUGCAGCCUACUUGCUACUGCUACGCCUACUGUGUCUCUUCGGCUGCCGAGCAGCAUGAAUUGGUUUACAUUUCCAGCUGACAACCUGCUGUGCCGGUGCCUCGGCAUCUCCAUCACGUGUCUCUGUGUCUGGUUGACUCUUCUGUUUGUCUUCAUAAUUGUGCCGACUGUACUUGGAGUCUCUUUUGGUCUCCGUAGACUCUACAUGAGGACGCUUCUCAAGAUCUUUGAGUGGGCAACCUCACAAAUGGAGAAGGAAGCAAAGGAGAAGAAUCAGCAACUCUAUAAACCAUAUAGCAAUGGAAUUAUAGCCAAAGAACAACCAUCGUCCUUGCAGCAGGAGAUCCUGGAGCUCCGAGGUUCUGCCGGCGGUCUGCCCUCAGUACCGGAGUUUGAGAUGGCGGACAUCUUCUUCUUCAGCCGGAGAGGCUUGGAGAGCAUCUUGGAUGACGAGGUGACAAAGCGCUUUUCAGCCCAGGAACUGGAGAGCUGGAACUUGCUGACUAGAAGCAACUACAACUUCCAUCAUAUCAGUAUGAGACUCACUUUCCUGUGGGGCGUGGGAGUCCUCAUCCGCUACGGCGUCCUGCUGCCUUUCAGGGUUACUCUGGCGGUCACUGGCAUUAGUCUGCUUCUUGUCUUCACUACUUUGGUUGGCUUUUUACCAAAUCGAAAGUUAAGGUUCUAUCUAUGUGAGAAGGUUCAUCUGAUGUGUUACCGCAUCUGUGUGAGAGCUCUCACAGCAAUCAUCACCUAUCAUAACAGAGAGAACAAAGCAAAGACUGGCGGUAUCUGUGUGUCUAAUCACACAACGCCUAUUGAUGUCAUUAUCUUGGCCAAUGAUGGCUGUUACUCUAUGGUUGGCCAGGUGCAUGGAGGGUUGAUGGGAAUGAUCCAGCAAGCCAUGGCCAAAUCCUCUCCUCAUAUCUGGUUUGAAAGAUCAGAAGUCAAAGACCGACACCUAGUGGCCAAAAGGCUAAGCGAUCAUGUUGCUGACAAAACGAAGCAGCCCAUUCUGAUCUUCCCUGAGGGUGUGUAUGAUGACAUCAUCCUGAUAGGUACUUGCAUCAACAACACAUCAGUGAUGAUGUUUAAAAAGGGUAUCUUUGAAAUUGCCUGCACAGUCUAUCCAGUUGCCAUUAAGUAUGAUCCUCGGUUUGGGGAUGCUUUCUGGAACAGCAGUAAGUUUGGCUUGGUGAGUUAUCUGCUGAGGAUGAUGAGCAGUUGGGCCAUGGUCUGCAGCGUUUGGUACCUGCCGCCUAUGAACAGAGAGGAAGGGGAGGAUGCGGUGCAGUUUGCCAACAGAGUGAAAGCCGCCAUAGCUGCACAAGGAGGAUUAGUGGAUCUCAUUUGCAUACAUCCAAAUACUGUUGAAGGCAGAUGCUGGACCAAUAGAAGACGACAAUGAAAACAUAAAUGAGGGGAUGGAGGUCUGAAACGAGAAAAAGUGAAAGACGCUUUUAAGGAAGAGCAGCAGAAACUUUACAGUAAAGUUCUUGUCGGUGGGCAGGAAGAGGACCAAAGUGACAACACACAUUUCGAGGAUAAAAAUCAAGAAGAGGAUAAAAGAAUUCAGCUUCAACACAUGGACAAUGAGGACACACUAAAUGUAUGACGUUAUAAAUACAGACUUUUACAUCUCAUACUGGGAAAUCUGGAAUAAUUUGUAUUAUUAUUAAUGAUUGAAAUGUGAAUUAACAGAAGUAGAGCUUUACGCUGGUCACUUUGACCAGACUCUGAGUGAUAGAAAAGUGUUUUUAUAAUUUGAUAUUUAUGUUUUUAGUGGUGUAAAAUCUAUAUUUAUUCACAUUGUUUUGUAUGAUGUGAAAUUAGGAGACUGGUUACACUUACAGUACAGGAAGCUCAGACAUUAAAAAUGCUAAUAGGUCAGUUUGUCUUUAAAGUAAUUGUUCACAGACCAAAGUCCUUUAGUGACCUCACUUUUCCUGCCUCCUUUUUACUGCCACGUGAGCUUGUUGUUUAUCACAAUAAAACACUGACCCCUUUGUGAAUAAUUCA